AUGGAUGAAACAACCCCCCUUUUACAGGUUCCUUCUCAGCUGUCUAGUUAUAUUUCCGAAAAUGAAAUUGUUUCGUAUGUUCAACAAAGAAGAUUAUCGAUAGCCUCAUCAGGUACGGGUAGAAUACACAGAGUAUUCUCUAUCCCAAGUUAUGAACCAAUCCUAGAGCCAGCUAGAUCAGAUGAUUCAUCAAUUCUGCAUUCAAUAUAUGAUAUAGUUUCAGCCCAUUCUGAAAUUGGACCUGAACCCAUUACUACAGUCAGAAAUGAAGUUGUGGCAUUAAUACGAUCUUCAGCACCUUUGGUAAUCACUUUCUUGUUGCAAUAUUCACUUACAGUAGCAUCAGUUUUCUCAGUAGGGAGGAUUGGGUCAACAGAGCUAGCUGCAGUUAGUUUGAGCUCCAUGACUGCAAAUAUCAGUGGAUAUGCGAUUAUCCAAGGGAAUUCAACAUGUUUAGAUACACUUUGUGCACAAGCUUAUGGUCGAAAAGAUUUCAACUUAGUAGGUGUUCAUUUUAUGAGAUGUAAUUGGCUAUUGUUGCUUCUUUGUUUGCCAAUUAUGGUGUUUUGGGUAUGGGGUGUUGAGCCAUUAUUAUUUCGAAUUGUAGGAGAUGAAUCAAGAGAAGUGUGUAUAUUGGCAGCUAAAUACUUGCGAAUUUUGAGUAUGGGAUUACCAGGAUUUAUAUUAUUUGAAAAUGGUAAGCAUUUCCUACAAAGCCAAGGUAUUUUUGAAUCUUCUACAUAUGUACUAUUUAUUUGUGCACCUUUGAAUGCAUUCCUAAACUAUCUUCUUGUUUGGGAUCCAAAAAUUGGAUUAGGGUUUAUUGGUGCUCCAAUAUCAGUGGUUAUAACCAAUUGGAUGAUGUUCAUAUUAUUAUAUGCUUAUAUAUUCCUCAUAAAUGGAAAAGAAUGUUGGCCCAGCCAAUCCCCAAUCCACCGGAUUCAUUGGACAAGAUGGGAAAAAAUGAUUGAACUAGCAAUACCAGGAGUGUUAAUGGUCGAAGCAGAAUGGCUAGCCUUUGAAAUCAUUACCUUCUCGGCAGCCAAACUUGGAACUAAAGUCUUAGCCGCACAAUCAAUUAUCAGCACGACUUGUGUGCUAUUAUAUCAGAUACCGUUUGCACUUUCAAUAGCUGCAUCCACAAGAGUUGCUUGGUUUGUUGGAGCAGCAUCAGAAAAGACAGCCAGAACAGCAACCACGGCCGCAUUAUAUACAGCACUAACAUUUGGAGUUAUGAAUUGUUCAAUAUUAUUCUUCUUCCGUUGGAAAUUAGCUUCGUUAUACACCAAUGAAAAAGACGUGAUUACAUUAGCAGCUAAGGUAUUGAUUGUCGGAUCCAUUUAUCAAAUAAAUGAUUUCAUUUCUUGUGCAACAGCUGGAGUUUUACGGGGUCAAGGCAGACAAAUAAUAGGUGGUAUUACGAAUGUAGUGGGAUAUUAUUUACUUGCAUUGCCCUGCGCAUUUGUGUUCGCUUUCAAAUUGAAAUUAGGAUUGUUGGGAUUAUGGUUUGGUAUGAUUAUUGCCCUUAUGUUUGUUUCAUUAGUUCAGUUAUAUUUUGUACUUAUUAGUGACUGGGAACAAAUUAUUCGUGAUAGCAUAAGUGAAGGGAUUGCCGAAGAUGGGAAUUUGCAUAUAGAAGCGCUUCCAGUUCUUCCAAGUAUGAGCAAUUCAGUCAUCAAUUAG